UUAAUGAAUUGAUUUCAGCUCUAACCUGUUUCCAGCAACUCCAACAGUUAUAAUGGGUCCCAACAUUGUCUUUGGCAUUGACUUGGAUGUGCAGCCUUGGAAGGAAUAUGUUCUUAUCUUCUCUUUUAUCGUAUUCUUUUGGGAAACCUAUCUCAAUGUUCGCCAGCACAAGAAGCUAGGCAUCAAGACCAUUCCUGCUCAAGUCCACAAGGCAUUCGAACCCCAUACUCUGUCCAUUCAAGACUUUGAGAAAUCUCGCCACUACAGUUAUGACAAGUCAACCUACAACUUCAUUGCAACCGCUUACUCGCAACUGGAAACGACACUCAUAUUUUCAUUCAAUCUCUUGCCUUGGGUUUGGACAUAUGCUGGCAAUCUUCGUGCUCGUCUUGGCUAUGGUGUCGAGGCAGAGAUCCUGCAGUCUGUCAUCUUUGCAGGAGUUUGUGUUCUCGCUUCCACUGUGAUCAACCUACCCUUGUCGCUUUAUUACACUUUUGUACUGGAAGUCAAGCAUGGAUUCAACAAGCAGACAUUGGGUCUUUAUCUCUCUGACUCCCUCAAGAGUCUCUUUCUAACUGCUGUUAUUGGCGGUCCUGUUCUCUCUGUAUUCCUUUUCAUCAUCCAAUGGGCUGGCUCAAACUUUUAUUUCUACACUUGGAUCUUUUUUGUUUGCUUCCAGCUUGCUGCUAUAGUCGUUUAUCCUACGUUUAUUCAGCCCCUGUUCAACAAGUUUGACAACCUACCAGAGGGUGAGCUCAAGGUCAAGAUUGAUCAGCUUGCUGCCGAUGUCAAGUUUCCUCUCACCAAGGUAUUCGUGGUUGAUGGAUCUAAGCGCUCCUCCCACUCCAAUGCCUACUUUUUCGGCUUCUUCAAAAACAAGCGCAUUGUUAUUUUUGAUACUCUGUUGGAACAGGCUACUCAUAGUGAAGUUAUUGCUAUACUCGCACACGAGCUUGGACAUUGGCAUUUUGGUCAUAUAUGGAAGCGUUUGAUUGUCAUUCAGUCACAUUUGUUUGUUCUUUUCUACUUGUUUAGCAAGGUCAUUACACUGGACUCUAUCUACACGUCGUUUGGAUUUGACUCGAAACCAAUUAUUAUUGGAUUCUUACUUUUCCAGUUCAUUUUCACUCCUGUCGAGUCUGUUAUGGGAUUCAUCAUGAACCUCAUCUCUCGCCAUGAUGAAUUUCAAGCCGAUGCAUACGCCAAAAACCGUAACUAUGCCACCGAUCUUAAAAAUGGACUUAUCAAAAUCCAUCUCAAAAACAGCUCGAAUCUCAAUCCCGACAAGCUAUACAGUAUUUGGCAUUAUUCUCAUCCGCCUCUUGUAGAACGCCUUAGUGCUUUACUUCAAAAAUCCAAAUCGGACUAAAUAGUAUGUCGCAGGCAUGGUUUUGGAUUUCAAGCUAUUAUGAUGAAACUCGAACGGCAUUAUUUUCUGAUAUGAAAUACUUGCAAUGUGUUGAAAAAUGAAAUUUGGAGUCUAACGGC